AUGAGUCCUCCAACAAUGAUAGCCAUCCUCCUGGUUCUCCUCGCAUGCCUUUGGUCACUCAUCUCUGCCUCCUCAAAAUCAAAACACCAAAAACUACCACCCGGCCCUCGGCCACUUCCCAUAAUCGGAAACCUCCACAUGCUAGGCAACCUUCCCCACCGAACCCUCCAAAACUUGGCCAAACAAUACGGAGACAUCAUGUCCAUUCGUCUAGGCAAUGUUCCUGCCAUUGUUAUCUCCUCCCCAAAAGCCGCCGAGCUAUUCCUCAAAAUUCAUGACACUAACUUCGCCAGCCGGCCAAAAAUCCAAGCCUCCGAGUACUUGUCAUACGGCUCAAAGGGCAUGGUCUUUUCCGAAUAUGGCCCCUGUUGGCGCCAUGUGAGGAAGAUCUGCAAGCUUCAGCUCUUCUGUCCUGCAAAACUGGAGGCUUUCGCGCCGCUGCGGAAGGAGGAGCUGGGAGGGCUGGUGGGAAAGCUGAAGAGAGCUGCAGAGGAAGGUGAGGUUGUGGAUGUUAGUGAGAAGAUUGGUGAGAUGAAUGAGGACAUAACGUAUAGGAUGGUGUUGGGGUGUAAAAGGGACAAUAGGUUUGAUCUGAAAGCCAUCGUUGAGGAAGUGGUCUUCUUGAUCGGGGCUUUCAAUAUUUCUGAUUUCAUUCCUUCCCUCAGUGCAUUUGAUAUUCAGGGAUUGACUAAGCGAUUGAAAAAAGUGAGCAGGAUGGUCGAUCAACUCUUGGACAAGAUAAUUGACGAUCAUGAACAAGAUGCGGAAACUAAGAGUGGUGGAAAACAAGGCCAGCAUGAGAACUUUGUAGACGUGUUGCUUUCAUUUACGAACCAAUCAUUGAAUCUGAAUGAUGAGCAAGUUCAUUUUCUUGAUCGGGAAAAUGCGAAGGCCAUCUUACUUGAGAUGAUCACGGGGGCUUUCGAUACUUCUACUACAACGAUUAUUUGGAGCCUUGCAGAGCUCAUGAGGCAUCCAAGGAUCAUGAAGCGACUCCAAGAAGAGCUCCAAACUGUGGUUGGUAUGGACCGAAUGGUAGAAGAGUCUGAUUUGCCAAAGCUGGAUUACUUGAAUCUGGUGGUCAAGGAGAGCUUCAGACUACACCCAGUUGCACCCUUGCUCGUCCCACGUGAAUCCAUCAAGGACAUUACAAUCGAUGGAUACGACAUACCGAAGAAAUUGCGACUCAUAGUGAAUUUAUGGAGCAUUGGAAGGGAUCCUAAUGUUUGGUCGGAAAAUGUUGAGGAGUUCUGUCCGGAAAGGUUUACGAACAGCAACAUAGACCUCCGAGGACAUGACUAUCAGCUCAUCCCAUUUGGGACAGGCCGAAGAGGGUGUCCGGGUAUGCAAUUAGGGCUAACCACAGUUAGGCUAGUUCUGGCACAGCUGGUGCACUGCUUUAACUGGGAGCUCCCAAAUGGCAUGCUACCCCAAGACUUGGACAUGACAGAGCAGUUUGGUUUGUCAAUGUCAAAGGCCAAACACUUGCUUGCCAAGCCUACAUACCGUCUUAUGUAGCUUGUUCAUCCAUCUGUUAUUUGAAAUGAGCAAUGCAACCAUGGGUAAAAACUAAUAAAAUGCUUUUUUCAGUACUAUU